AUGUCGGGCAAGGAUAAAGAGCCACGCGACGGAAAACCGAAAAUUACAAAUACAAGCGCAUCUACAAGUACCGCGAUAGUUGCAAAGUCGACAAUGUCCAGUACCAUACAAAAUAUCGUCGAUCCAUUCACGCCGGGAACCUCGAAUUGGGAAAGAUGGUUUACACGAUUCGAAGGAUGGUUACAAAUACACAAAAUCACGGAGGAACAAGAACGCGUUUUACACCUAACCCUUUUCUUAAGUGAGAAAGCUUACAACAUUCUGUAUGACAGUUUAGGCACAGAAAAACCUACGGAUAAAACAUUUGAUGAACUGAAAGCUAAAUGCAAAGAACUUUUUGCACCAACUGGAUUAGAAAUAGCGGAGACAUACAAAUUCUGCCAUCGCAAGCAACUGCCUGGUGAAACAGUACAAGAUUUUGCCAGUGCCCUAACGAAAUUAAGUACAACUUGCAAUUUCGGUAUUUUUCAAAAUACGAUGUUGAGAAAUCAUUUAGUUUUCGGAAUUUCAAGCCGCCGUACACAGAGCAGACUGCUCGAAACCAAGGAAUUAACCUAUGAAAAGGCAUUGCAGAUUGCACUUGCAAUGGAACUUACAGAGAAGGAAACGAAUACCCUCUGUAAAGAUACAACACAGGACGUCCACUAUCUACAUGCAAAUAAAUUCCAAAAGAAGAAAGAUACGGUGACGCCGAAAGGUUCCAAAUCAAAUACAAAAAAAUUUCUCCAAAACUCUCCAAGUAUCGCAUGCUAUCGAUGCGGAAAGAGUGAUCAUAAAGCGGAUAAAUGCAAAUUACCAAAGUAUAUACAAUGCAAUUUUUGCAAGAAAAAGGGGCAUUUAGAAACGAUCUGUUUGAAAAAGAAGCACAGUAAUUGCAACGUAUUACAGGAAAAGAACGAUAUUUUCGAAGCCAACUCACUUUUUAAUCUGGAAAUAUUACAAUGUGAUUCACCCCUGCCAGAACAACGAGGUCUACGGGAGAAAUUCCAAUUCGACAUUGAGGUCAACGGAAAAAUGAUCAACUUCGAGGUCGAUUCCGGAGCUGCAGUCACCAUCAUGGAAAUACACCAUGCGAAAAUGAGUUUCAAGAAUCUGAAAGUGCAUCCCGCUAAAUUACAGUUAGUGACUUAUUGUAAUACGCCAAUACAGGUAAACGGUUACGCUACAGUUUCUGUAAAAUUCGAAAAUGAAAUGUACACAUUGAAUUUAUACCUUACAUCGAUCAAACGUACACCAUUGAUGGGUCGAGAAUGGAUACGUAUGUUCUUGACACGUCAAAACGCGAGUAAUUUAUUUACACAAAAUACAGUUUCACAAAUUCGCGACGAAAUCGUAGUAAAUAUAGACAAAGAUGUAUUUAUAAAAAAUCUUUUCGCGAAAUACAGUAAUUUGACAAACAAAAAGCUAGGUAAGGUUACAGGUAUGAAAGGUUCACUUACAUUGAAACCUAAUGCUAAAAAAGUAUUUUUAAAAGCUCGUCCUAUGCCUUUUAAACUGAUACCACGGGUAGAUAAAGAAAUAGAAAACCUUAUAAAUGAAGGAAUCUUAGUAAAAGUCGAGACUUCAGAAUUUGCAACUCCCGUUGUUCCAGUUUUGAAAGCAGAUGACACUGUCCGUUUAUGCGGAGAUUACAGCGUUACAGUCAAUCCGCAACUACAAAUUACUGAGCAUCCGUUACCUACAAUUGAUGAACUGGUUUCUGAAAUGUCGAACUGCACGGUUUUCGGUAAAAUUGAUAUAAAAUGGGCAUUCUUGCACCUUGAAAUGGACGAAGAAAGCUCACAAAUCCUGACGAUAAAUACACAUAAAGGACUUUACAAAGUCAUGCGGCUAAUGUACGGAAUCGCAUCGGGACCUGCUCUAUGUGAGAUUACUUAUUGUGGGUACAUCAUCGGCAAAAACGGAUUGCAAAAAGACAGCUCGAAAUUCGACGCAAUUACAAAAAUGCCACGACCUAGAAAUGUUACUGAAGUUCAGUCGUUCAUCGGUAUGAUAAACUACUAUAGUAGAUUUAUUGAAAAUACGAGUACAUUAUUGAAACCGUUAUAUGAAUUGCUACAAAGAAAUAAAGAAUUCAAAUGGACUGAACGUCAGGAAAAAUCUUGGGUAGCAGCAAAAAAGGCUUUUACAAGCAAUAAAUGUUUAGCUUUUUACGAUCCAACACUUCCGUUAGUGUUACACACGGAUGCGAGUCACCACGGAGUGGGGGCAGUAUUGUCACACCAAUAUCCCGAUGGAACAGAGCGAGCAAUACAAUACAUUUCUCAAACACUCAACAAAACGCAAAUUAAGUACAGCAUGAUCGAUAAAGAAGCUUACGCAAUUGUUUUCGCUAUAAAACGUUUGUACAUAUACUUAUACGGAAAUACUUUUAAAUUAGUAACGGACCAUCGUCCUCUUACAAAAAUUUUUGCAAAGGACAAAGGGUUGCCAUUAUAUAGCGCGAUGCGCAUGCAGCAUUAUGCAAUAUUCUUACGUGGUUUCAAUUUCACCAUCGAGUAUAGGAAAUCGGAGCAAAACGCUAACGCAGAUUGCCUUUCCCGUCUUCCAAUUUCUGGAGAACCGGAAACCAAUGACGUUGUCGAUUUGUACUACGUAAACACGAUAGGCUCUUUGCUCAUUACGCCUACUAAAUUACGGGCAGAAUUUCAAAAAGAUAAAGAAUUACAAAAAGUCGCCAACGCGCUAUGUAACGGCAAAACUCUUACACAUGCUGAUACUUGGGGCAUUGACCCAAUAGAAUUUAGUCUAGAAUGCGAUAUUCUUGUUCGAAAUCACAUGAUUGUAAUUCCGACCACAUUACGUAAGGAAGUCCUGCAAGAACUACACUCGGGACAUUUCGGUAUGACCAAAAUGAAAGGGUUAGCGCGAGAACACUGUUGGUGGCCCGGAAUUACGCGCGACAUCGAGACGGUCGUAAAAGACUGCGUCGAAUGCAACACAGUCGCGAAUGCGCCGAAAGUUGCAGAAAAACAUGUGUGGGAAACACCCACUGCGCCUUUCGUGCGAUGGCACAUCGAUUUUGCACAUAAGGAUAAUACGACGUUUUUUAUAUGUGUCGACGCAUUUACGAAAUGGCCGGAAGUUUAUAUUGUUCCAAAUAUGCUUACAGAACCGACCAUCGAUAUUUGUAAAGAAAUCUUUUCGAGAUUUGGGUUACCGAAUGUUGUUGUAAGUGAUAACGGUCCUACAUUUACAUCCCAGCUAUUUCAACAAUUCCUUCGGACUUACGGCAUUACGCAUAAAACCUCUGCUCCUUUUCACCCCGCGUCAAAUGGGCAAGCAGAGAGGUACGUCCAAACCAUUAAAAGAGCUUUACAGAAAAUGCCAACUGGCAAGAAUUUACAUUCCAGUUUACAGACUAUCCUUUUCCAGUACCGAACGAUGCCUCAUGCCGUAACAGGAAUUCCACCUGCGGAGUUAGUUUUUAAUAGAAAGAUACGAGCAAACCUCGAUGUAAUGCGUCCAAACAAAAGCGAGGAACGCGACGACAAGGUUAAUGUACAUAAACAGUGUCGAGAAUUCAAGGCGAACGAUCGAGUAAAAGCGAGAAAUUAUACCGGCAAGGCAAAAUGGAUUUUUGGCACUAUAGUACAGCGCAUCGGAAAAUUAAAUUACUUAGUUCAUUUAGAUGACAGUCGGAUUUGGCGACGUCAUGUCAAUCAGUUACAAUCCACGGGUGUACAAAAUACUAUAGAGGAUUGCGAUCAUGCUCCGCCGGACGAAACGGAGUCGUCCGCGAUCGAAGGCGAUGUCACCUUGGGGCCCAGUACGUCAAACGCAGAAUCGUCGCCAAGCCUCGGAUCCGUACCCACGGAUCGCACACUUAGACCUAGGAAUAAACUCAAAGCACCUGAACGCCUGCAGUACCAUCACCCGGAAAAUUGA